AAAGUACGUAAGAAUUAUCAGCAUUUCCUAUCACCUAAAAAUUGAUAUCGAAAGUUGCGAAGAGAUUUUAUCGUCUGCAUUAUUCUCAAUGCUAGCUGAUUCUCUUGACAGUCGCUCAUUUACUCGCGAGCAGAUCGACAGAGCGCGUCGUCUAUAUUAGUCUGCGUUGGAAUCUAAAUCGUGGCGUGAAGUCAUCCAGUUUUUGUUUAAUUUUCAAUAUUUUUUUCUCAAAUUAUCUGAAACUGUAAAUAUUUGAAAAUUGUCUCCAUGUUAAAUUUAUCUGAUAAAUUGUUAUUCCCAUAACACAGAUUUCAAUACAUUUUCUGCGUUCUCGAAUUAUUAAAAUACAACUUAUUGGAAAUUGUUCUAAACUCAUCAGUUUUUAUGUAAAAAAUAAAAUUAACUUUUUCGUGACAGUGACUCAAUAGGUGAACUAAGAGCAGAGCUUUUGAUCAAGUGAUCGAUACCAACGAUUGAAGUUGAAUGACACGAAAAUGUCACUGAAAGUAUGCCGAUGGGAAAUAGAGCCUUAUUUAAUUUGAAACAGCAGAUGCAAGCGAAACGAAACGCAGUAAUUAAAUAAGCUAUUAUUGCACUGGAUUAUUUAUUGUUGUACUGGAUCAAAGAAAGAUGGACAAGUUUUUUCCGUGUUUAUCAAGAUUCAGAGCGAUUUUUAGACCCGAAACUGUUACGGAUAGUCCUCUUGGACGAAGAUGCACAAAACCGGAAUGUCUUCCACGGCCACCUGCUGCAUCUGAUUCUGGGGAAGGCUUUGGUGUGCCGGUCUUGACGAUUAUAGACGUGGAUCCGUGUAUCGCGGAAAAUGGAGAAAAUCAUAGGACGUCGAGAUACGACUUGAUGACCAGACAGGAUGAUAAAUCUAGACUCGUCGUCAGACGGGGGCAGGAAUUUUACUUGCAUUUAACUUUGUCCAGAGAUUAUGAGCAAGGAAUCGAUGGUAUGUCGAUAGUUUUCACGGUUGAUGGAGUUGAGAGGCCGCAAUAUGGCCACGGAACUCUCGUCGCGAUACCCGUUCUUUACCCGGGAGAAUCAUCCGAGGGUUCCUGGCAAGCUACUAUUGACGCCAUUCAACCCAAUUUUAUUCGAUUGAAGAUCGUGACAGCUCCCGACGCGAUAAUAGGCAAAUGGAAGAUGGAGAUCGAUACUAAAAAUAGAAAUUUGGAUGGAGCCGUUAGUUACACAAUGAAACAACCGUUUUAUUUGAUCUUUAAUGCUUGGUGCAAAGAGGACGCGGUGUACAUGGAAAAAGAAUAUAAGCGACAGGAGUACGUAAUGGCGGAGGAUGGUUUGAUAUGGCGCGGAAGUUACAAUCGUAUGAGACCAACAGUCUGGAAAUAUUCGCAGUUUGAGCGUGAUAUAUUAGACUGCGCUCUGCAUUUGAUGAUUCAAGUUGGGAAAGUUCGAGUCUCCGGUAGAAAUGAUCCUGUCGUCAUAUCUCGCAUUUUGUCCGCGGCUGUAAAUUCGUCGGAUGAUAACGGUGCGGUGAUGGGUAAUUGGUCAAACGAUUUUGCGGGUGGUACACCACCAACCAAAUGGUUGGGUUCGCAAAAAAUCCUUCAACUAUACUACAAGACGAAAAGACCGGUUAAGUAUGGCCAAUGCUGGGUAUUCUCAGGAGUGUUGACUACUGUUUGUCGCACCCUGGGACUACCCUGUCGAAAUGUAACCAAUUACUCGAGCGCGCACGAUACUCAAAGCAGUUUGACCGUCGAUUAUUUCGUCGAUACCGAAGGCAGAAUUAUGGACGAGAUGACCAGCGAUUCGAUAUGGAAUUUCCAUGUGUGGAACGAGGUAUGGAUGACUCGUUUGGAUUUGUCGCCGGAAUAUUCUGGUUGGCAAGUGAUAGAUGCGACUCCUCAAGAAUUGAGCGAAGACGCGUAUCGUUGCGGGCCAGCUUCUGUCGCUGCUGUCAAGAAAGGCGAAGUUCUGCGACCUUACGACAAUGCUUUCCUUUUCGCCGAGGUGAACGCGGACAAAGUAUUCUGGCGUUACAACGGGCCGAUUCAACCUUUAAAAAUCGAAGGAAGAACGGGCUACCAUGUUAAAGGCGUUACGUCAAAGUCAAUCACUGUUCAGCCGUUACUACCUCAACGAAGAGUUUAACGAAAUUACGUUCGUCUUCGAGCUACGCGACGAUAUCAUUAUCGGACAACCUUUCAGUGUCGUGUUGAUGAUUAAAAAUAAAAGCAAUCACAGUGAAUAUCAAGUCUCGGUGAUCUUAAGAGCAGAAACAGUUCUGUACACCGGACGGGUCGGCAACCCAGUGAAAAGAUUAAAUAUCGAUCGAUUGGUGAGACCGGGAGUUGUCGAGGAAGCGCGUAUGGAAGUGUCUUGGGAGGAAUACGGACCUCGACUAUUGAAUCAAUGCGCGUUCACUGUUGCCUGCCUGGCCACUGUUAAGGACACCAAUUUCGAAUAUUUCGCGCAAGACGACUUUCGUGUGAGAAAACCUGACAUUAAGAUCAUAGUGGAGAGUGAACCGGAAGUUGGCAAGACGCUGUACGCGACGGCGAAAUUUAAAAAUCCAUUGCCCAUCUCAUUGAGGAAGUGUAGAUUCCUGAUCGAAGGGCCAGGGCUAGAGGAGCAGUUGAAAUUGAAACUGUCAGAACCGGUGGAGGUGGAUGCAUACGCAAAAUGUUCCUUCUCCAUGAUACCGAUAUACGAAGGACGCGCCACAAUUGCUGCGAAAUUUUACUCGGAAGAGCUCGAGGAUGUUGACGGUUUCAUCAAUUUUAUGGUGAAUGCCGUCACGAACGGCGAAUAACUGCCGCUUAGGAAACGGAAAUCGAUAACGUAAAACGUAAGCUAUUACGUUCACAGGUCUAAGUAAGUAUACUCUCGUUGUUUUGUACAGGAAAUAAAUGUUUGAAAAUCGCUUGUCUCGCAUAUACUGAAUACCGAAUAUCGAUAAGACAUAGUGUCGAACAAUCUCGUUGCACGAUACCCUUUUUUCUUUCGUGCCAUCGAUAUCGAAAACGUUCACAGCUGAAAUUACGAUCUUGAAUGUUUACUAAAAUACACAUGUGCAUGUGGUAUUGAAAAUGUGUAUUAAGGAUCCUUAAUUAAGGAUCCAUGUUUUUAAUACACGUGUGCAAUAUGGUACACGGAUCGUGAAUUAAGGAAUUGAAGAUAUUCAUUCAUUUAAUCGAGAUAUUUGCUAGUUUACAUCACGAGCCGAUAUUUGCAUUAGAAAUUUUUUGAUUGGAUGAAGCACGUUUCCCAUCAUUGAACAUUCUUCUCCAUUGUAUCUGUAGAAACUUUUAAAUUACACGUGUAUUUCAUAAUACGAUUAUUAAUACAUCGUAUGAAGUAAUUGUUUCAAAAUGUUUGAAUGUAUAUUUAAACAUAGAGGAAUACGCAGUUAUAUCCGUCUAUUAAAAAUUACACAGACUGAUAUCCAGAUUCACUCAUCACACGUAUACAUGUGUGUUUACACGUGAAGUAAGGAUCUCUAGUUUAGAAACGUCAGAAACGAAGAAGCGGUAGGACGAAUGGAAUACCGGUUCGGAACAGGCUUCUACGUUGGGCCAAUAAAAAAUUCAAUCGACAGAGAACUACCUGAGCAGCGUGGAUAGCCAGUGACUACCGACCAUACGCGGCAGGCAAUAUUAACGAGCGGCAAUUGAAAGAGUCCGUUGUGUCGUGCAUGUGAUUAUUCGGAAUACCAGACGGGACGAGAUGUGAAAGAGGACGAGGGAGGAGAAGAAGACGAGAAAGAAAUCGGACGAGGGUGAGAGAGGAACAAGAGGAACGAUCCCGAUGAUGAUGAGCGCACGCACGACACUGACGCGAGUCAUGUAUCACCAUCUAGGAAAUUAACGUUGAAAUAUUAUGGACGAUGAAUGAACCUGAUAGCGAGCCAGCCCGCCGAAGAAAGUCGAGUUCCGACUGUGUUGCUGGAAAAGGAACUAUCUAAUCGACUAAAUCGAUUGGCAGAUUUCAUCGAACGUUGAUUCUAAUCGAUCGAUUGGAAUUGAAGAGGGGAUAGGGAUCGAUGACGGACGUUAAUUUAUUAUCAUUUAUCGAAACGAAGCGUGUAUCUAUCGUAUAUCUUGAAUUUACUCACUGUCGAACUUAUUUAUUCGUGAAUUGGAACAGCAUAGAAAUUAGGUAGUAUCUUCAUAACGGAUUGUAGUUUUGGUGGGAUGAAGGGGAAGAGAACGCAGCGAUAAGCUGGUAGCAAGUGAAGACGAAUACGAGGAUCGUAGACGGGGGAAGAAAAAUGGUAAACGAAAACGUUGGAGUCGAAGAGAGCCAAGGGGGUGGCUGGAGAGUCGCGAAGAUGCCGACGGAAGGUGAGUCACGGAGUGAAGAGAGAAAGGAAGAGAGGAAGAGAGGAAAAGAAGAAGAGGGCAGGAACGAUAUGUAAGAUAGUAGUGAGAUAUGUCUAAAUACAUAACCGUGACACGUGAUGGACGUGUUGCGGCCCCUGUCUACAGGGGUCUCGAAGAAGCCUACGGGGCCCGUACCGAUCUCCAUUUGGAUCCACGGGAUUCUGGACUUGGCACCCUGCUACGCGCCAUGCAUCAACACCCAAGAUCCAUCCCAUUAUACCUCAUCAGAAUAACAAACACGCCUUCCAUGCUAAACCAACAUUCUUUUGUUCCCAUCGAAUCCCAGGAUCCAUCAGAAUCGCCACGAACCUUGCGCGUCAGUGACGUAUGUGUUUUCGUGUAGCUAACAGGCGACAGGGGGUCUUGCAAACCUACAAGAAUACGAGAAGAUAUCGUGAAAUAUUAUUCGAUAGCAGAAGUGGUGGCCAAAGAUACGACCGACCUUUUACAAAAUUUCUCUUUGCUUCUCCGGUUUUCACGGUUUGCCAAUUUUCUACAGCCAUUGGAUUAUGGCCAGUUUCAUUGUUUGUGGAGGUCCCUAUUUCACGUGUAUUGAAAAAGCCUUUGGACAAAUGCUUGUUAUAUGCUAUAACGCUUGUUUGAAAACUAGAAAUAUUAAAUGAUGAUUAACAACACGUCCGAUGAUAGAAAAACACGAAUUGAAAAGUAAGUUAAUUAUGAAAUUGCGAAAUUGAAAUGUUUGAAUUCAAGAAUCGCAUCUUGGGUGACAAAGUUCUGUAUGAAAAUUGAAUUUCCUACAAAUAUCACGUGCAUGCGCAUUAGAUACGUGCGCACUAGAAGCACACAUCUGCGCAUCGGAAGCAUUUGUAAGUAGCGAUGCAGUAGGUCGCAACGGUCGUUUGUGCAACGUUUGAAAAUCAUGCAUGUAGGAAAACAAGAAUUUGGCUUCGUCCAGACAAAAGUUUCCUCACACGCACGUCUCUGACGCUUAUAAGAAAUCUCGUUUUUUAAAGGUCCAUGAUGCGAUAUAAACUAACAAAUCAGUAUCAAUUACAUAAGGUGAGCAUGAAUCCUUAAUUUCAUUCACGUGCUACGUGUAAACGUGUAUUAAGGAUACAAUACACGUUCGAAAUCGCGAUCUCUAAUUAUUUGUCGCCAAAUUCGCGACAAAUUCUUACUUUGUACUUGUGUCACUUAUUUGAUUUCUCACUUAUCUGCUUCGAAAGGGUAAGCGAUCGCGUCUUAUCAUCCCUCUUGAACGAAUCGCUCGCUUCGAAGAUGCGUUUCUAGAUGGCAGCACGGUCUCGAAUGAUCGAAGGGAUGUAUCUCGUGUAGAGCUGAAAAAUUGAUAGUUAACGACCAGCGAAAAACAUGGACGACGACGAAGGAUGGUUCUCUGGCAAGCGAAGAUAUCGAUUUGGUA